AUGCCCGGCCUCCGCAGCCGCAAGCCAAAUACUCCUUGUGGUUUGGGCCGGGAGCCAAGCGCCCACACCCCAGCUCACGGGACCGCAACUUCCCUGUUGCAUCAGGUUACUGAGCGCGUGCACACAGCGCAGAGCCUGUUACACAACCGUGGUGCGCGCCCCCGGCACCCACACACCCCGGGUGGCCCGACAGCUCCACAGAGGAAACCGCAGCUGUGCAGGGAGGGCACAGGCCCCUCUACAAGCUCUGGCGUGGAGAGCAGUUGGGGGAGCGGUGGGGAGGACACCCGGCCGGGAGCCAGGGCUCUGCGGGCGCCGCCACCGGCUCACGGCGAAACCCCUGACUCCACUCGUCUCCCCAUCCCUGGGGCUGGGUUCUGGCUGGGCUGUGAUAGACUAGUCAUCCUAGCAGUCUCAGUGGUGGCGGUGGUGAUGGAGCUGGUGUUGAUGGCAGUCAUGGUGACGGUGCUCGUGGAGACAGAGGUGACGGUGGUGGUGACGGAGGGCUGGCAGGGACAGCAGAAGCGGUGGUGUUGCUGGGAGGUGACGAUCGUGGAGGUAGCAAUGGUGGCUGAAGCAGCGUGCAAGAGGUGA